ACCGGUGACAUCCACGAUAGCGGCGGCGCAGCAAGUGAGCCCGUCGUCUCGUCGGAGCUGUGCGGAGAUGGCGUCUCUUCUGCAGCCAGAUAGAGUUGUCUAUCUGGUUCGUGGGGAGAAAAAGAUCAGAGCCCCUUUAUCUCAACUUUAUUUCUGUCGCUAUUGUAGCGAGCUACGGUCUCUGGAAUGUGUGUCUCACGAGGUGGACUCUCACUACUGUCCAAGCUGUCUGGAGAACAUGCCAUCAGCGGAGGCUAAGCUGAAAAAGAACAGGUGUGCAAAUUGUUUUGACUGCCCGUGUUGCAUGCACACGCUGUCUACCCGAGCCACCAACAUCCCAGCGCCUCUGCCUGACGAUCCCACCAAGACGGCCAUGAAGAAGGCUUACUACUUGGCCUGCGGCUUCUGUCGCUGGACCUCCAGGGAUGUGGGAAUGGCUGACAAAUCCGUUGCCAGUGGCGGAUGGCAGGAGCCAGAGAACCCUCAUACUCAGCGGAUCAACAAGCUGAUCGAGUAUUACCAGCAGCUGGCCCACAGAGAGAAGCAGGAUAGAGAUAGGAAGAAGAUGGCCAGGAGGAGACAGUGCAUGCCUCUGGCGUUCUCGCAACACACUAUUCAUGUGGUGGAAAAAUAUGGCCUUGGAACCAGACUGCAGAGGCAGAGGCCUGGAGCUCCCAUAUCAAGCCUGUCAGGCCUUUCCCUGAAAGAGGGCGAGGAGCAGAAGGACAUCACCAUCGAGCCUGCCCCGGCCCUUGAUGAAGUGGAGCCCCUGCCCGAGGACUGUUACAGCCGGCCCAUCAGCCUACCGGAGGUGACCACGCUGCGCCAGCGGUUGCUGCAGCCUGACUUCCAGCCCGCGGGGGCGUCCCAGCUCCACCCCAGGCACAAACACCUCCUCAUGAAGCGCUCGCUGCGCUGCAGGAAAUGCGAGCACAACUUGAGCAAGCCGGAGUUUAAUCCUACUUCGAUCAAGUUUAAAAUACAGCUAGUGGCUGUGAGUUAUAUCCCUGAAGUGAGAAUUAUGUCCAUUCCAAAUCUCCGGAACAUGAAGGAGAGUCAAGUGCUGCUGACUCUGACCAACCCAGUGGAGAACAUCACCCACGUCACAUUGGCUCCUUGUGAGGACGACGAUCCUGAUGACAUCAACAGCACAGCUAAGGUCGUGGUUCCCGGCAAACAACUGGUCUUGGCAGGAAAAGACGCCGCUGCAGAGUAUGACGAACUGGCUGAACCCCAGGACUUUCAGGACGACCCCGAUGUUGUUGCCUUCAGGAAAUCCAACAAGAUUGGUUUCUUCAUCAAAGUGAUCCCUCAGAAAGAAGAGGACGCGGAUGUCACCGUGUCAUUUAAGAUCCGACACGACUUCCGCAACCUCGCGGCCCCCGUCAGGCCGAGCGAGGAGGGGGGAGCCGCCGCCGCCCCCGCCCCCGCCGAGUCCAUUUGGCUGACGCACCACGUGGAGCUGAGGCUGGGCCCGCUCGCUCCCUGAACACGACUGCUCCGGUGGCCAUCAAACAGUCCUAGUGUUGAGUUCUUUGAAGGAUUUCUGUGGGAUGAAUUUAAUUUAAACGUGAUUUCUGAUUUUGCUUAUCGAUACGUAAGACCCAUCUGUGGUCUGCUCGGCAUACAGCGGUUUCCGGAGUUGUAGCCAUCGGGUGGAGACCGCAGUGAUCGCAUGAUUGCCCACUUUGUGAAACUACAUGCAACCAUGGCUGACCGGCCGUAAAGUUUAAUUUCUGUUUUUUUUUUUUUUUUGUUCAUGGAAAUGUGACUGUACACUGUAUUCGGUUGCAUCCUCGCUCUCCUCGGCCCAAACACUACACCGUCGGACAUUAAAAAGCAGUUCUAGUGUGUGACAGAGCCUCAUGUGGAACCUUAUGUAUUCACAUUCCGACGUUUGGAUUCGCCUCUUCUGUUGAUGUGUUUCCUCUUUCCAUCUUUAUUCAGUGUAAUUUAGUCAUCAAAUCUAUUGUUUUCUUUGGAAAUAUGUUUGGCCUUAAAAGAAGUGUUGGAAUACUUGACCCCGUUUAGUCGGUGUCUCUACAGUGUUACAUGCCAGCCGAGGAAACCGUUGUGUUGAAAAUACCCAAACUUUAAAGGCAGUGUACAUACAAUUACUGAUUAAAAGAAUUAUGAGAUUUGAUUUAAACCCUGUUUUAAAAAUGUUUUCUCACCCUGCUGUUUUUUUUGAAUGGCAAAGUAUUUGUCUUAUUCAAAGGGUCAGCCGUGGAUUUCUUUUUUUGUGUACAAUAUUCUUAUAUGUGGAGAACAUCAGUUCAAGUUGAAGUUGAGCUUGUUUAACGUGUAUAAAACGGUAGACUCUACCGGGUAGAGAAUAAAUGGCCGAUGGUCCGAAUCAGAAAUCAUAUUUGAGAUUUAGUCCCAAUAAGUCCUCACCGGGCAGAAAACGCAUGCCUGUGUUUUCAGCUUGUGUAUCCUCGUGCAUAUCCAUUUCUGCAGACAGUAAUAUCUUAUUAACUCGCAUGCUUCAGCUAUAGCAGAUAUGGCACACGGGAUCCUCUCCCGUUUUCUGAACGUUUUACUAUUGUCUCAAGUCAAACCGUAACCAGCGCUGCAGAUCACAUCACAGUACAAAGUGUUCACUAUUUCAAUCUUUGACAACACUAUCAUUUUUUUUUCAGAUUUAGAAAUGUAUCUUCCUGGUUUGUAGAGCUCACUGACCUCGCCGCCAGUAUAUAUUGUGUGUUUGUAAAACAGCCUUACAGCACAGUUAAACUUACAGUACAGGCUAAUAAAAUCACGUGAUACUGUACAGCA